AUGCCGUUCCAGACGCCCAUGUCGGCGCUAGGACUCCCACAGACGCGGCGCCGAGACGUCAUCGCUACAGGUGCCAAGGAGGCGGCAGUCUUCCGACAACGGCGCCUGAUUGUCAGCGGGACGCUCUUGGCGCUCGGUCUCUGUGUCGUGAUGAUCUGGCGUCUCGUUCUGCAGCUGCCGUCAGCCGAGGCGUCUCCGCUGUACUUGACGAUGGAAUCAGAUCCCGAUCCAUGGCAUCACGUUGGAAAGGUGGAGCCAUUGGCGGAGGAGAAGGAGCGUUCUCAGAUGAAGAAUCAGCUCGUGACGCGCGGGUUUCAUGACGAGAAACGCAUCGUCGUGGUGCUCACGCACUUCCGAGAUAGUGACGCGUGUGCUCAGGCGCUCGUGGACGCUCGGGCCACGGCAUUCUUGGCGUCACGUGUGCACUUUUGCGUGUUUGAGGAGCUCUAUCUGGCACAAGAAGUGACGUGUGUGCAGCGGUUCUGCGAGCAGCAGAAGAAAGACUGCAAGCAGCUGUUGCGGUCGGGACAGCUGCGAACCAAGAGGAGAGAUGCGUCGGGAGCAGUCGGGGCAGCUGUUGCCCGAUAUGUGGCCGAAGGGAUGGUGGAGCGCACGUUUGCCGAGGAAUUUUACCUCUCGAUCGAUCCUGCAGUCGUGGUGUUCACACAGAUGUGGGACCUCGUGCUACUCAAGCAAUGGUACAGUGUGGGCAAUGACAUGGCCGUCUUGAGCGUCGCGCCCAAGUCCAUUGAUGUACGUGGGCUGGCGAACUCGACCAUGCUCGUACAGUGUUCGGCACGCAUUUGCUCCAAGUCGGAAGAUGCGGUGGUAGAGUUUAACCCUCCUGAGCCGAUCCCACGUCAAGGUGCUGCUUUGUUUGCACCCGUAUUGCACACGCAGUACUCUGAAGCGUUCCACUUCGGCCCAGUUCGAGCGCUUUUGGAUGUGCGCUCGGAUCCGCACACACCGCUGAUCUCUGCUGGACUCGAGUACGCACGAGCAACGCGGUUUUGGACUCGCGGCUACGAUUUCUACGCGCCUAACGAAGACGUGCUGUUUGGCCGAUAUCGUUGGCAAGAGCCACCGCUGCCGAUGUCAUCUGGAUCCAUGGAUGACAAUACGGACAAAGAGCGACAACAGAGGAUGGACAAGGCGAAUCAGCGCAUUCGACAACUGCUAGGUCUGCCUGUGUCGGCUCAACAUGACGAGCUGGAGCAAAUGGAGGUCUAUGCACUAGGUACGCAGCGAUCCAUGGCGGCAUGGCUGGAUUUUUCUGGUAUCGAUCCUCGUGCACCCUACAACGAAUCUACAACGAACCAAUUUACACGAUGCGAUGCCGUAGCAAGCGGUCGAGUGCACUAUGUUCCUUACUGA